CUCGGGUAUCAGAGGACCAUCGCUAGCUGCAACUUUAUUAACAUCAUUAAACCUGCAAAACCAUCAGUAUUAAACAUUCACACUGAAGGUUGUUGCUGCUUAAUGUAGUAACAGACAGGGAUCAUUUCAUGCUUCUAUCAUCUGAUGAAGGAUUAAUAUGCAGGCUGGAGAUAAUGAUCAUCAUCUCUGAGCUGGGCUGACAAAAUCUGGCUAUGACUAAAUUAAACACAUCAGCAAACAAGCUAAGCUGGUUUUACAGCAGCUGUCACUACAUAAAAGUGGUCGUUUUCACAGCUUUAAUGACGAGUUCAAACACUGUUUGUUUCUCAGUUUAGCAUGUUAACAACAGCAGAAUGAAACAGCAGAAAUGUUUACAACGUUAAACAAAUAAAACGUUUCGUAAAGUUACUAAUAUAACUAACAAAACGAGUACUGGUGGUGACAGUCCUAUGUGUCAGGGGAUCAAUGUGGCUGCUUCAUUUAGUACCACGCAGCUCUCCUAGAACAGCCUCCUUCUCAGAGAAGAAGCCUUGUGUAGUAAAUGGAGGGGGAUGGCGCACACGAUUCUACUGCUGCUGCUGCUGUUUCACCAGGUUAGAGAAAUAAAAGCACAUCCAACAGACGCUCGAUAACUCUGAUAUCUGCGGAAUUUGGAGGCCAAGUCAAACCUGGAACUCUCUGUUGUUCCCAGAACACUGUUCCUUUCAUCAGUGUCACUCCAGGUGAUUGGUGGGAACACAACUGUGGUUCAAGAUGGAAAAGCUGUUCUACCCUGCAUACUUAUUGAAACUCAGGAGUCCCUCACUCAGAUUUCAUGGCAGAGGAAGACCAGAGAAAAACCUCGGAACAACAACUUCUAUACUAUCCUACCCACAACUGGACCACAGUUUUUCAAUGGAGAGGACAAAAGAUUUACAUUCAUUGGGGAUUUCAAAGGCAACAAUGGAACUCUUCUUUUAUCCAACGUGACCUUGAUGGAUGAAGGGAUCUACACGUGCAUCUUCACGUUGUUCCCCAGUGGCAGUCACAAGACGGAGAUACCUCUAAACGUGCUUGUGCCUCCAGUGACCAGUCUGGAGUCUAAUACUCCCACUGUGGGUGAUGACGAGGUGUCCUUUGCUACCUGCACUGCUGCUGUCUCCAGGCCUCCUGCAGAAGUGAAGUGGAUCACUGGUACUCUUGGAGAAAAAGUACGUGUGACAACCAGCCCCACCCAGUAUGCCAACGGUACGACUACCACCGUCAGCUCACUGGUCGGUGUGCCUACCAUAGAAAUCAACAAUCAAUCAGUCCCGUGUGUCGUCACCAGUGCAGCCCUGUCGGAAGAAAAAACUCUGCCCUUCACCAUCCAGGUCCACUUUCCCCCCGUGGAAGUGAACAUCGUUAAAACAUCACCAAACACAUUUGAAUGCGAGGCUAAAGCAAACCCUCCAGCAAAUUUUACCUGGAGAAGAUCCGGCGAGUCUUUGUCUCAGUCUUCUGUCAGAGUAGAUGGUGCAAAACUACACUUUUUGAGCUGGACCCCUGAUCUGAAUGGCCUCUAUGAAUGCGAAGCACGGAACCAACAUGGAAAAAAUAAUCAUAAGCUCUAUAUUGAGGUUGUUGUGGUAAAAGGAUGCUGCGUUGCUGGUUGGAUCUUAUUUGGUCUUUUGCUUUCCCUGAUUGUAAUGUGGGGCUUCUAUAAAUUCUAUAAAUCUGGGCUUUUACAAAGAAUGGUUGAAUCUGUACGUGGCCAUCAGUCAGUUCCCACAUCUUCCAACUCACCAGCUCACGCUCUAGGACCAGUAGAAGUACAAGACUAACAAGCAGAGGAACGCAUUUGACAGAUGAAAAAGCAACAGGACAGACAACAGUCAGAGUGUGGAAUUCAAAGGCUUCACCACAAACGACAACCGAACAGAUGGAGAACAGGUGCAGAGUCAUGUGUCAGUUCACAUUCCUGGUUUCAGUUGUUUUUUUUUUUUCUUGUAGUUUCCAUCUUUAGCAUGAAAUUUCUGUCUUGCAGUUGUUGUAGGGGAUCCCUGCUUGGCUGCUUGAUGCAAUUGUCAACAAGUACGCAAAGCAAGUAUUAAACUAAAUAAGUGCCAGAAAAUGAAUAGAGACUGCUUAACUAUCAAACCAAAAUGUACGACUGUUUUGACCGAAGAGGGAAGUCUUCUUAACUGACUUUUCCUAUCAUUUCAUCUGUAUAGGAUGUGGCUUUACUGCCUGCUUCCUUAACAUCAACAGAUUUAACGGUUGUUAAAUACACAGGAGACCAGGUUACUCUGAUGACCCAAACACAUAAGCAUGAACUGUUUCAUGUACAUUAGCAUAUGCAUGCAAACAUGUCUGUUUUCUUGCACCCGUCGGGUCCUGAAUGACGUCAAAGGGAUUUUGAAGUUCAUGAGUUUACAGUGUAUUACGUAGAAGUUCUAAGUUUUCCAUUUUCUUGGAUUAACAUUUCUUCCAGAGGGAUCCAUGGGAACAGUCAGUGUUUGACAUUUGAUGUGGCACUUAU